UUUUUUUUAUUUUUAGGUCGUUGGUGGCAAGGUUUUAUGUUAAUUGGGGGUGUUUUGUUUUUUCCUUCUGUUCUCCUUUUUUGUUUUCGAAAUCCAAAAUCAACAGAAAAUAACCAAGAAAAAUUAGUUGAAGGAGAAGAAAAAGUUCCUAGAAGAUUGGCUUUGGUGGAUAGACAUUUGGAAAAAUCAGAAAAUGGAAAUAUACCAAAAAGUUUCAAUGCUUUGUCUUCUGAUUUUCAAAAUAAUAUACUCACUGUGUUUAAACGUCCAAUUUAUCGUUGGGCGAUGAUUGGAAGAAUUAUUGAUGUUCUUGCUUUUAAAGGUUUUCAUAUUUUUUUGCCAAAAUAUUUGGAAUUACAAUUUGGAAUACCUCAAUAUAUAGUUAAUAGAUUAAUGGGUGUUGUUGGUAUUGUCGCUUUUGCCGUUGGUGUUUUAUGUGGAAGUUUAUUAAUGAGAAAAUUACGUUUACAAGGCCGACGAGCUGCUCUAUUAGUUGCAAUCACGGGUGCAUUUUCUGCUUGCUUUUCUAUUUUAAAUUCGACUGUUGGGUGUAAAUCUACAAUGACAGCAUUGGGGGAAUCUAUUGUCCAAAGUCGAUCUCAUUUAAGUCCAACAAAUUUCAAUUGCCUUAAAGGUUGUUAUUGUGAAGGUUCCCCUUUAUAUCCAGUUUGUGACCGUUCCGGUUUAAAUGUUUUCUUUUCUCCUUGUCACGCUGGUUGCCAUAUAACAAAUAUUACUUCAAUUUUGAAUAACCAAAAAACGCCAAUUUUUGAUUCUUGUAAAUGUGCAGAUGGAGGAAAAGUUUCGAGAGAUUUUUGUAAUGAGGGGGAUUGUAUGAAUAAAUUAUAUUGGUACUUUGGAAAUAUGGCAAUCGGCGGGAUUGUUGGUGGAAUGGGCGUUGUUCCAGGCGUUUUAAUUAUGUUACGUUCUGUUCCUCCCAAACACAGAAGCAUUUCUUUGGGUUUUAAUGGUUUUCUUGUUAGUUUACUUGCAACUUUACCUUCCCCAAUCAUUUGGGGUGCAAUAAUUGACAAUUUUUGUCUAUUUUGGACACAAAAGUGUGAUAACAAAGGGGCAUGUGCUUUAUAUGCAACAGACAAACUUCGAGUUUGGCUUCAUUCACUUUAUGGUGCUCUUCGUCUUCUCUCUUUUAUUGCCGAUCUUUUUGUUAUUUAUCAUUCUAAAGGGUUAAAGUUAACAGAUUCUGAAAAUGAAAAAUUGGAAGAAGAUAAAGAAGAAAGUAAAAAGGAGAACGGAGUUGGUGAACAAUUAGAACAACAAAAAGAAUUUGAGGACAAUGAUUUAGAAAGGUAUAGGGAAUAA